ACUUUUUCGUUUAACAGGUCGUCCAGGCUCAAUCUCUGGGAAUUGGAUAUGAAGAAAUUCGGUUGGAGGCCAUGUCUGUUUUGACAGAAAUUUAUAAAGAACAGGGCCAGUAUCAACUAGCAAAGUCUACCGUACGUCAAGCUCUGGAGGUUGCCCAUGCUAGUAUUUUGCCUUUUUGGCAAUUCAAGAUGACUUUCCAGUUAGCAGAUGUGCAUGCCAGUGACAAAGAGUUAAAGGCGGCAACAGAAGUCCUGGAAAUGGGAGAGAGAUUUGCAGAGCAGUGUUGUUCACAUUAUAUGAAAUGUCUUUUUGCACUCAGCAGAGCUAUGGCAUUUAUGAUGAUUAAAGAAUUGAAUCACGCAACUUCGAUCUUGUCCAUGAUUGCAAGUGUUUUGGAACGAUGGAACAUUUCAAAUUACCAGCGAGAAUCAAUCCAAGUGUUUUACCUAUUGCUAAGAGUGUGGACCUUUUUAAAACUUGGGCAGGCAAAGAGUGUUAGACCGCAUUUAAAGCAACUACAACAGUCAAUACAGCUUUUGACAACUCUUAGUAUGGAUGAAACACAAGUUCAUGAGGCAGAACGCUUUGAAUGGCUCACUAAAGAGCAUCUCUGUGUUCUGGUUUAUUUGGUAACUGUAAUGCACUCCAUGUAUUCUGGGUGUAUGGAAAAGGCAAUCAGAUACAGCGAGAAGGCUCUUCUUCAAGUGGAAAGGUUGAAAGCUGCUGAGCCAAUCUCAGGACUGUUAUCAACUUUUAAACUGGUUCUUCUAGAACACAUGAUCCUUUGUAGAACGGUACAAGGACAGAUGCCACAUGCUAUAAAAGAGAUUUCACAAGUUUAUCAAAUUGCUCAACAAGAUGGGAAGUUUUUAACAGCCCAUCAAUCUGUCAUCCACACUCUUUUGGGUUUAUAUGCCAUGUCCAUGAAUCUAAUGGAUUCAGCAGUGGCACAGUUCAAUGUUGCAUUAGAGACAGGUACCCAGCCAGAACUGAGAAAUUUCAUUGGUUUCAAUAUGGCAAUUAUCUACAUUCGAUCUGGAAUGGGAGGAGCUCAAAAUAUAGAGCUCCAAAAUCUUUUGGCAAAGAUAAGACCAGAUCAGCUUCCUUCCGGGUCAUACAGUCACCAAGCGGGUUACUACUAUAUCAGAGGAUUACAAGCAUUCUUUGAUUCACAUUACAUGGAUGCCAAAAAGUACCUGCGUGAAACUUUAAAGAUAGCAAACUCUGAAGAUCUCAACAGACUGACAGCUUGUUCAUUGGUAUUGCUAGGAAGCACAUUUUUAUCUCAAGGGAUUACCCAGGAGGCCCUUGACAUGGCUUUGCCUGCAAAUCAACUGGCUGGCCGUAUACCAGACUCUUAUAUUAAUAUGUGGGCUGCAUCACUUCUAAGAGAUCUGUAUGGGAUUAUGGGGGAUCCUGUCUCUGCCAGUGAAUACUAUCAGCUUCACAAUAGCCUUACCAAGCAACUGUUGGAUAAUCAUAUGCAAGCUGGUCAGAUGCCAGAGCACAGACUUACUGAGUGGCUUGGCAGUAUUAGCCCAUCAAGACAAUCUGCAACCAAGCAGACAACAGGACUGCUGACCACCUUUCCUCAAGCUGGACCCAGUAGCAUGAUGUAACAUCCAUGGACCUGGACUUUUCUCAAACCAGAGUUACAUUUGACCUGUGCUUUGUUAUGAAAUCUCAAAGCUCAUCCACUUAAUUAUAGAAGUACCAUAGAAGCAUAGAAGUACAGGUUUUCUAGAGCACUUUUUCCAGAUCCUGAUUGGUACGUUAGCAGAAGAUGUCUUUGUUUUUCUUAUCGGCAUCAGUGUAACCAUUAUUUAUUCCUCAAACAGUGGCAUCCCAUGAAUGACAAUAUGAGUUUUUCAACAUGCUGUAAAUUUACCUUUCCAUUUGUUCCUCUAUCCAUGGAUAUGUAUGGUUCUUGUGAAGUCCACACAUUUCACAUCGUUUUCAACAAUGGCAUGGCUUGAAAAACCACAGACCAAGAAACUACUGUACUGCUUUACUCUGUCUGACAGUAGCAUUGAUUGGAUUUUCCACACCAUAUACAUACAUUAUGCAUAAAGCACUGAUGUACUUUUUAAAUAAAGACAGACUGCUAGUGUCUCAUUAAUAUACAUAUUUAUAAAUUAUUUUUUUAACAAGGGGUUAAAAACAGUCUAAUUUACAAGAAUUUGUAAAUAUAUACAUAAAGAUACCUGAUUUGUGCUUACAUAGGGAAGCUUUACUUAAAUUUGAAGGCUACAGAUGCACACUCAGAUAACCAUUUUAUUUCUGCACUUUUUCCAUCGGUAACAUCGGCAACAGUCAAACUGCUACUUGCAAUUCUGUUGGGUAAUCCAUACAUCUUUACAUGUUCUUUUAGCAGAUGUGUUUGGUUGAUUGUUAGACAAGUAUUUAAAUUUGUUGCACCUAUUUAAAUAUAAAAAGGCUAAUUCAUCCCCAGAUUCUUUGUGACUGUAUUUUGGUGCCAAAACGGAACAGCUACACAAAAAGUUAUAUACUUGAAGUAUAAGUUGAAAUUCUUUGUGCACUAAGUGCAAAUCAAUAACGGUAACACCUAAUUCAUGAAUAAAUUUUUCUAUUACUUAGCUAUUAUUAUAAUAUAAGUUAAAAUUACAAUCAAAAUGAAUUGUCAAAGCUUGUAACAAAAUCCAAACAUAAGCAUGUAAUAAGCUAGCGAAAGAUUGACUUUUCAUGUGCAAUUAGUUUUCACUGAUUGGCAGCUUGCCUUUACAGGGAUAUCCUUCAAGGUUAAUGGUUAUGAAGUUAUGAUAGUUCCUUUCAAAUAAACCCACCCCCUUGUGUAUGACAAUUUUAAAGUAAGUGGUAAUUACUGUCGGUGAGUGUUUUAUUUCACACCCUCUAGAAGAUAAUAUUGUGAAGUAUAUCCCUGUGUUUAUGCUGUAUUAAAUACCACUCUACUAUUUAGUAAAGAUAGUCAAUAAAAAGUGUAAAGCAAAUUUUCAGUCUACAAUUGGGUGACAUUGCUUCCAAAACAUUGUAAUGGCAUAGCUUUCCAAUAAAAAUGGUAGAUUUUUUACCAUAAUUGUCACUAAAUCUGCCAAUCCACACAUUAGCAGCACUUAACUUUUCACAUAGAUACCAGUUGUGAGAUGGCCUCUUCCAUAAGCUCAGGGGUUUUUUGAGUUCUCAAGUUCUAAUUAUCAUGCUGUAAAUUUAUUUAUUAUUAUGAAUAAAGGCAAAUAAAAUGA